AUGUCCAAAAAAUCAUCAACAAUGCAGGAUCCCUCACCUCUAGCAAGACAUUCAUUAAGCCAAAAAUCUACACCAACCAAGAUAAGAAAUUCACAGCUUUCAUCUUCAUUUUUAGUCAAACCUCUUCCCAAGCCUGAAAACAAAAAGCUUCAUCCCAAUAAAAUCAGGACUUUAAUACAAUCAAAAACUACAAAGCACCUCAAAAUGAAAAGUGAAAAGGUCUCUCCUUCUCAAUCUCCCAGCAAAAGCAAAUACACAUCAGAAGCAUGUUUUCCGCUGAGUGCAAAUAUAUCACCGAAUGCUUCGUUUAGAAACCUUUCUUUGCAUUUAAAACAAACAAGUUUUUGUGAUAUGGGAUUAUCUGAGUCAAGGACUAUAGGGCUGAAUGAAACUUCAAAAAAAUCCAAAAACUCGUCGUUUCAAUCUUUUUCAAAUGGAAUGCUAACUUCCCUCUGCUUUAAGAGAAUUGGUAAAUGCCUAUUUAUUGGAAAAUUAAGCCAUCAGACACCAAAAAAAUGCUAUUUUAUGAAAUUAAAAAACCCCUUUUUGUGUGGGCAAAAAAAAUAUUGCUCGAAGAGGGGAGUAAGUGAAGACUCCCCAAGAAUGCAGGAAGCUCAUAAGCUGGAAAUAUAUUUAAAUGAACAAUUAUCAUUAAAUGUGGAUAAAAGCAAUGAAAAAACGAGAAUUAGCAUUUACGGAGAUGUAUUCCAGCUUAUUAUAGACAGAGAUAAGUACUUUGGUAGGCUUAUGACUAGGAUUAAAAGAGCAUAUGAGGAUUUAUUAAAUAGCUCCUCAAGUAAUGACAUUUUUCGAUUAUCUAAUGAAAAUAAAACAAUUAGGCAAACACUUUCAAAGGAAAUUGAAGAAAAAAAAGAAAUAGUUUUUAAAUUAAAAAAAGAAGCGCGUAAAAAUGAAAAACUAUCUAAAUAUAUAGAGGAACUAAAGAUAGAUAUAAAAGACUAUCAAGAGAGAGCUGAAAACUCCAAAAGAAUUUUUGAAAAUCAAUUAAAUCCCGAUCAACGGUCCUGGCAACUGCUCAUUGAAGAUAGAAAUAAAUACUGUGACGAGUUAAAAGCUGCUAAAAAAAACGGUUCCUUCAAACGGCGCCUAUUUCAUAACGACUAUUUUUGACCUAUGUUCAUUGGGCAUAUUUUUUUGACCUAUUUUUUAUUUUGACCUAAUAUUUUUUGCCUCUUUUUUCACCUGUUUUUGUUAUUAUCUAUUUGUUUUUACUUUUUUUGACCCUUCUUUUUUUGGCUUAUUUUGGUUGACCUAUUUUUUUGGCCUAAAUUUUUUAAUAAAAAAAACUUAUAUACUAUACCUUCUGUCAAAACAAUAGACUAAAAUUGAUUGAAAAUUAUAUUGAAAUAAUUAAUAUGGAAUUAUUUCAAAAGCAAAUGAACAAAAAAAAGGCCAAAAGUAAUUAAGGAAAAAAAUAGGUCAAAAAUAAUAAUUGUGAUGAAAUAGUCGUCAUGUGAAGGCACUUAAAAAAACAAUUCAUAGCUAUAGAUCCAGAGAAAAAAGUAUGAAAAAGCUGCUAUGUGCUAUCAAAAAAAGAGGAGUCCCAGUUGAGGAUAUAUAUGAAACUGAUGUCCAGUUAAAGAAAAGCUUAACUAAGCAAAUAACGGAAGAAACUAAUUUGGAGACAACUGUAUCAAGGAAAUCGAGAAAUAACUCGCUUGGACCAUCAAUUCCGAAAUUAAAAUUAAAUAAGCAAGAUAGUCAAGGGUCAUUGGAGUUAAAUAGUGAUGAAGACAUCCCAACAAAUGAGCAGACUUUGUCAGAUGGAAAAUCAUCUGGAAAAUCUGACAAAGUGCCAAAAAUACCGAUUCCUCCAACUUCAGAGCAGGGGUUUCAUCAAGAGUUUGUAAGUAGAGUCGAUGAGUUUUCGGAGUCGUGGAGAAUAGCUUUGCAAAAAGAAAAAAAGUUUUAA